AUGGAUUCUGCCAUGAGACUUGACGAAAGUGGAUCAGAAGAUGAUCUUGAUUUAAUCGACCUUGAAGUGGAUCAGAAUGAAAAUGCAGAUGUGCAAGUGCAACCGAAAAAGAAACAGGACACGAAGCGCAAAAGAAAACUCACAUCAAAAGUUUGGUUGCACUAUGAUAUACUUCCACCCGGCAAAGACAAGAAAAGAAGAUGCAGAUGUAAGAAGUAUGGGACUGAGUAUAUUGCGGAGGGCAGGUAUGGCACUGGUAAUUUAAAGAGGCAUAUAGAUUCGUGUGUUAGGAGGGAUAUACGGGACAUAGGUCAGUUGCUUUUAUCUCAAUCAUCUGGAUCCAUAUUUAUGCAUGCUUCUAAGUUUGAUUUUAAUAAAUUUCGUGAGUUACUGAGUGCUGCUAUCAUUAUGCAUGAUCUGCCAUUUCAAUUUGUUGAAUAUGAGGGCAUUAGAAAUAUGUGUUGUUAUUUAAAUGAGGAGGCUCAGCCCGUAAGUAGGAACACAACCAAGGCUGACAUAUUAAGGAUGUAUAAAAAUGAAAAGGGUAGGCUUCGACAUAUGUUGGAAUCAACAAAUGGUAGGAUUUCUCUAACAUCUGAUUUGUGGUCUUCUCUGACUACUGAUGGGUACUUAUCUCUUACUGCACAUUUUAUUGAUAUGGAUUGGCGCUUACAAAAAAGAGUUUUGAACUUCUCUUACAUGCCAUCACCACACAAUGGUGUUGCUUUGACAGAAAAGAUUUAUACAUUGCUAACUGAAUGGGGGAUUGAAAAGAAACUAUUUUCAAUUACUCUAGACAAUGCUUCUUCAAACUGUUCAUUUGUUGAAUUGUUGAAGUCUCAACUCAAUUUGAAUAAUGCUUUAUUAAGUGGUGGGGAGUUUUUUCACAUUCGUUGUUGUGCACAUAUCUUAAAUUUGAUAGUGCAAGAGGGGUUAAAAGAGGUUGAUGAAUCUAUCAUAAAGAUUCGUGAGAGUGUUAAAUAUGUCAAAGGUUCUCAAAUGAGGAAACAAAAAUUCUUGGAAUGUGUCUCUCAUUUGAGUGAUUCAAAUUACAAGUUCUGCCCAUCUCAAGAGGAGUGGAGUAGGAUAGAAAAGAUUUACAAGUUCUUGACUGUUUUUUAUGAUGUUACAAACAUCUUUUCUGGAUCUAAGUAUCCCACGGCAAACUUGUAUUUUCCAUCUGUGUUUUCGGUUCAAUUAACGUUGCGAGAGGAAAUGGACAGUAAGGAUCAGUUUAUGAGCAAGAUGGCAAUUCAAAUGUAUUCAAAGUUUGCAAAGUAUUGGUCUGAUUAUAGCAUGAUCCUUGUUAUUGCUGUGAUUUUAGAUCCUAGAUACAAGCUUGGGUUUGUUAUUUUUAGCUAUAACAAGCUUAAUGGUGAUAACAACAUUGAGAGCACACUAGUUCGUGAUGCAUUAUUUAACCUUUUUGAUCAAUAUUUGUUGAAUUCUCCUAUGGCUUGUACCACCAAAUCCACAUCUUUACCAAAUGAUGAAAGUGGGAACCGGCAAGUUGAUGAGGGACAGUUAACUAAAAAGUUCAUUGAUGUUAUGAAAGUGAAUAAUACUUUUGAAUUUGACUCAUUUGAGAAUGAUAAAUUGCUUGGAAAUGCCCAAAAAUCAGAGUUGGAACUCUAUUUAGAUGAACCAAAAAUCAAUAGAAAUGCGAACCUUGACGUGCUUGCCUAUUGGAAAGCCAAUCAGUUUAGGUAUCCAGUGUUUGCUCAAAUGGCUCGUGAUAUAUUGAGCAUUCCAAUCACUACAGUUGCUUCUGAGUCUGCGUUUAGUGUUGGUGGUCGGGUUCUUGAUCAAUAUCGUAGUGCGCUUAAACCAGAAAAUAUGGAGGCUUUGGUAUGCACGAGGGAUUGGCUUUUUGGUUUGAAAGAUACAAUGGAGCUUCAAGUGGAUGACUUGAUUGAUAAUGUGAUGAAACUUAAUAUCAACAAUGAUGACCCUGCUGAAGGCCAAUGUUCCACCAGUGUUAAACGAAUUACACUAAAAGGGGAUGUGAAGUCGGCAACUCCCCAUUGUGGGCAGUCACUCUACAUCGACGAGAGCUUCGUCGAAAAGAGAAAAUCGAUUCUCUUAUCUUGCUUGGUUGGUCAAUUUGAUAAGGAAGUUGGGGGUGUGAUCGGAUUGAAGAAUGGGGGUAGUGGUGUUGUGAAAGAGAGUUUUGAUCAACAGAAGGAUUGCUCUGGUGACAUUGUUCCACGGAUGAAAGGGUCACUGUCUUUAAUGAACUUGGUUGGUAGUGGAGAUUGCUAUAGUGGAGUGACCAUAAGUGUUAGAAAGGACUUGUCUUUCAAGCUAACAGACGAUUUAGCUGUGUCAUUGAUUAAUGAACUUAGGCUUUUUGUCGCUCUGAAAGGACUGAAUUGUUUACCAUCAGAAGCUAAAGUGAAUAAUGUUCUUGAUUUAAUGAAGAUUGCCACAGAGGAGGCUACAGAGAUGGAUUUACAGUUAAAUGCGUCUGGAAACAGUGAAAAGUGUGAAGGGGAAUAG